AUGGAGUCCUGCACCUUCUACGAGCACGAUGCAGCAGCAAUAAUACCGAUACUUGUAUCACAAUUGCCGUAUUCCACAACUCUACUCCGACGCAUCCAACACGGCAAUGCCUACCCAUCACCGACCGCUAAGGUCCUAGCAACUUUCCCGCCCAGCUCAACCCCUGACCCUGAAAAGCCGUGGCUGGCUGCGCGGGUGGAUCUCUUUCUCGGCCGCGAGACCCAGAUGCACAUCUAUUCCAGCCUCGAAGCGGAGCACACGUCAAUCGACCCGAUCGACGCUGUCAGCCGUAGUGCAGCCCAAAUUAACUCACUAGCCGCGAGUGCGGAAUCCAAUUCCAUUGUUUACUCCCUCUCAGCUAGCCAGCCCGUCCGCGACCAGGCCCGCGCGCAACUAUUGGCUCUACUUUCAUAUGUCAAAACCCACUUGCUGUCGCCGUACCUGUCAUCCCUGGGCCGGGAUCCGGCUUCAGCUACGCCAGCCGAUGUCGAUGUCGAUCCAGACAAUGCAGAGACUCGCGUGGCUUCGGCAAUCUCUGACAAUGCCGAUGCCAAUGCACAUGCCAAUAAAGGCGUGCCCCUGAUCCCCGCUCCUGACCCACAGGCCUUCCUAAUCGGAAGCCUUCAUACAGGUCUCUUCAGCCUGCUGCAGCGAUCUGGCAAAUACACAGAUGACGAUUCGCUACCUAAUAUCCGGAUCCAUCGUUUCGAUGAUCCACCAUACCACAAGUACUUUUUCCGGAGAUCUGAGUUCGCUCCCGCGGACGGAUCCGGGUCUGGCAGUCUGGCUGAUCGUGAUCUUUUUUCUGAUCUGUCCCUGCCGCCUGGUUAUCGGUUCCGGGAUCGUCUCGGGAGAGUAGGUGUUCUCGAUGUACAUUUGGAUCUUGUGCAGAGUCGGACGCAUAUUCCCAGGUCUAGGAGACAGCUUUCUUCUAUGCCUGGUAUGGCGCUUUAUUGUGAUUCUGAUUCUGAUUCUAAGGAUAAUGGAAAUGAGAGUGGUGAUGAGAUGCCUAUUGCGUGGGGGUUCCUUGGGGUUGAUGGAGCGUUGGCUACGUUGCAUGUUGAGCCUGAACAUCGUGGCAGGGGUCUUGCGCUCCUCUUGUCCAAGGCAAUCAUGCGUCAUGGUAUGGCGGCUGAUGGCAUCUUUGGGGCUGGGACUAUUCAGUCUGGGGAUACUUUGGCUCGAGAUCAGGUGGGAGAGUGGACGCAUACUGAGGUGGCUGGGUAUAAUAAGGCCAGUCGGAGGGUUAUGGAGAAGAUUGGGGGUAAGGUGUUGACAACUGUUACCUGGACUGUUGUCGAGCUCUGCGACUGA